AAACACGACUGUGUUAAGAGUAUAAUAAAAGAGCAAGUGGCAAUCAAUCAGAAUCUUGAUUGAUCGAGAUUAUCCUCACCUCUGUCGAUCUAAGGUCUCUUCUAAGGGAGGGCCGAGAAUUUCCUCCAAUUCCUAAUUUUUCCUAAUUCCUCUCUCUCUCUCUCUCUUUCUCCUAGGACACCAGCACCGAUCUCCAGAGCAGCCCCAAAGACGCGACGUCGUACGAGUUAUCGGAGGACAGAGACUUGAGCCAGAACAGCCAAGAGAGCAAAGAGAGCAAGAACAAGGGAUUCUUGAACAAAUCGAACAAAAGGUUCAAUCUGGUGAGCGCGGCGGGGAUGUACGGGAACGACGAUCUGAUAGGCAUAGCCGAGAAUCCCCAUCCAUCGAUCAGAUCUUUCUAUUUCCCACCCAUCCCUGAGAAGGACAUUUCCGGCGUACGGACGAGGCCACAGGCGCGGAUCAAGAAGGGGAUGGACGCUAUACUGAAGAUAGACAACGAGUUGAACCCCCUUCAGCACAAACUGAACAGCAUAACGGACGAGUUCCGUGCCCUGAUCAGCAAGGAUCAUUAUUCCUCCCAGUACACUUUAUCCCCGGACAUAUCCGGCUGUUACCUUCACAGGGCCGAGGCGUUCGAUCACGACUCGAACAUAAUAAACAACAUAACCCGCCUGAUAAAGCAGGAGCACAGGGCCGAUCUUCGAACGGACUAUUACACACCCCUGUACCCCAUGAGCAACAAGAGCGUAUCCAUUAAUCAACCUUUGUUCUCGAUCAAGGAGUCGGUGAGCAGGAACAUGGGCGCCAGGAACAACGACUCCUUCUCCCUCAUGAUGAACUCCCCCGGCUAUUCCAGAUCCGUGGGAAGGGACGCGAAUAUAGGGAACGCGAGCAAUUGGACGCACGGGAACUUGAUCGACAAGGGGAACGAUUACGUAUCGAGGAAGAAUUCUUACGUACGAUUCAGGGAGAAUCGGAUGGAGAAGGAUCCGUCCGGUUCCCUGGUCACCUCGAUCAGCAGCUCCCUGUACAAAUGUCACGCGAAUCCAGAUUUUCAAAAGCCUCAAACCUCGUCGUACUACGACGAGCGAGAGUCGCAAAGCGGGUGCAGCGACUUUGGCCACAGGCAGGCGAGGUUCGUUCACGGGAGGGCGAUGCACCCGAGGACUACCCCGCUCCUCGUCCACACCUCUUUCAAGAACGUGAACAGAACGUUGAAUUUCGACGACCAACCGGUCCUGUCCCGGGCGGAGUCGUGGAUGGAGUGCGCGGUCGCUUCCUGCGCGUCUGAGAAAAUGGCGCGCGGUGUAGGCUCGCAUACAUCGAGGGAGUCGAUGGGUGUGGUCACGUCGAGGAAACAGGUGGUCGCGACCCAGGACANACCGUCACCUCGACCCCCGAGGGAUUCGUGAUAAGCGUGAACACGUCGAUGCACAGCCAGGACUUGGGCUCGUCGAAGAGGGAUCAGAACGU